AUGCUCAUGGGCUAUCUGUUGUUUCUGGUGUUGGGCGGGUGGCGCUGUGACAUCAUCGCCGCGUACGUCUUCCAGGCCAGCCGACCCGUGGAGGGCGGAGAUGCCCCUCCUGUACACACCAAAGUGGUGUCGGAGUGGGUGAGCUCAUCAGGCUCCUGCAAGGGUCGCUGCUUUGAGCUGGAGGAGGCCGAGCCUCCCGGAUGUCGUUGCGACAACUUGUGCAAAACCUACUACAGUUGCUGUUCCGACUUUGACCAGCAAUGCCUGAAAACCGCGGGACGCUUCGAGUGCCGCCCGGAACGUUGUGGUGAGGAGCGGAAAGACGAGCAUGCGUGUCACUGCACGGACGACUGCAUGGAGAAAGGAGACUGCUGCUCCAACUACAAGGCGGUCUGCCAAGGCGAGGCGUCGUGGCUCCAAGGAGACUGCGAAGAGAUCGCCAGCCCCGAAUGUCCUGCCGGGUUUGUGCGGCCGCCGCUCAUCAUGCUGUCCGUGGACGGCUUCCGGGCGUCCUACCUGAAGAAGGGCGUGUCCAUCAUGCCUAACAUCCUGAAACUCAGAAAGUGCGGGACGACGGCUCCGUAUAUGCGUCCCGUCUACCCUACCAAGACCUUCCCCAACUUGUACACAUUGGCCACGGGCCUCUUCCCGGAAUCGCACGGAAUCGUGGGGAACACCAUGUACGACCCGGUGUUCAACGCUACCUUCACCCUGCGGUCCCGAGAGAAGCUGAACCAUCGAUGGUGGGGCGGGCAGCCGAUCUGGAUCACGGCCAAGGAACAAGGCGUCAAAGCCGGAACCUUCUUCUGGCCCUGGGUCAUCGAAUUGGAGAGACGCAUCCUCACCAUCCUGCAAUGGCUGAAGCUGCCUGACCAAGAAAGGCCUUACGUGUAUGCAGUGCACUCAGAGCAGCCCGACACAUUCGGACAUCGCUGGGGUCCACUGAGCAACGAGCUGGACAACACGCUGCGCCAGAUCGAUGGCAUCAUCGGUCAGCUGAUGAACGGCUUGAAGCAGAUGAACCUCCAUCGCUGCGUCAAUGUCAUCAUCGUUGGCGACCACGGCAUGGAAGAGGCCCACUGUGACCGCACAGAGUUCCUCAGCAGCUACCCGCUCAACAUUGAUGACAUAACACUUAUCCCAGGCUCACUGGGCAGGAUUCGACCUCGUGACGCCAAGUCCCCCUUGUAUGACCCCAAGCAGGUGGUAGCCAACCUGACGUGCAAGAUGGCCACACAGCACUUCACACCCUACCUCAAGCAACACCUGCCCAAGAGGCUGCACUAUGCCAACAACCGCCGUAUUGAGGACGUGCACCUGCUCAUGGAAAGGAAGUGGCAUGUCGCCAGGAAAAUGCCGGAAAAGAUGCGCACGCGCUGUGGCUUCUUCGGCGACCAUGGCUUUGACAACAAGAUCACAAGCAUGAGGACCAUCUUCAUGGGACAUGGGCCAAGCUUCCGCUUCCGCACUCAAGUCCCAGAAUUCGACAACAUCGAGCUUUACAAUGUCAUGUGCGACUUGCUGGGCUUGACACCGGCGCCGAACAACGGGACGCACGGGAGCCUUAACGGCAUGCUGAAGUCGCCACCCUUCCAGCCCGUCAUGCCCGAGGAAGUGACGGCGCCGACUCGGGAUGAGGACGCGGCGGAAGGCGGGGUCGCAGCGCUUGAUUUUCAGCCGGGCUGCAGCUGCGACGAUGAGAACAAAGUCGAGCAAAGCACGCAGAUCUUCAGUUUCACACAAGAUGGUAUCUACGACUACAACGUGACCCAGCUGCCGUUGGGCCGCCCCGCCGUGCUGUUCGUCACCCGUUACACUUUGCUGCAUCACUUGGACUUUGUCAGCGCGUAUAGCCUCCAGCUGGCCAUGCCACUGUGGACGUCAUUUACACUGACACCAGAGGACGACGUGGCUCCACUUCCAGAUGGUUCUGUGCGUGGCCCGUGUCUGCGUACGGACCCGCGAGUGUCCGCUAAGCACAGCGCCAGCUGCGGCGUCUACGAACGGAACCGCCACCUGGACUACGGCUUCCUGUUCCCACCCGAAUUGGCGUCGUCACCCGAGGCCAAGUAUGAGGCAUCGCUCGUCACGAACACGGCGCCUAUGUUUCCCGCCUUCACAAGAGUGUGGCGUUACCUGCAGAGGACGCUGCUCAGACGCUACACCCGGGAAAACGAUGGCAUCAAUGUCCUGGCGGGUCCCGUCUUUGACUACAAUUACGACGGCCUCCAAGAUAGCCUGGAGGAAAUUCAGGAGCGAUAUCCCAUCACGCCGCCCGUGCCCACGCACUUCUUCACAGUGGUGACGGCUUGCCAGCGAGUCAACCAAACACUGGACGAGUGCGACGGAGACCUGAGCGUCUUCUCUUUCCUGAUUCCUCACCGAGACGACAACAGCGAGAGCUGCAAUAGCAAAGACGUCGAGCAGGAUUGGGUGGAGGAUUUGCUGCAGCUUCACACAGCCAGGGUCCGAGAUGUGGAGAUACUGACCGGUCUGGACCUGUACCGGGCCGGCAACCAGAGCUACAGCGACGUACUCGGCCUGAAGACAUACCUGCACACCUUUGAGACCGACGACUGA